UUUUUUUCUGCACUUCCUGCUUCCUCCUCCAUGACUGUUUUGAGCCAGCAGUACUGAACGAAAACAGAUCGGAAGGAAUCGCUAAACGUGGCAAUGGUGUGAAGGUGUCCGAUCGGCGGUGGUGUGUGUGAUUCUGAUUGAAGUCUGAGCUUUGAUCGCUGUCAAUCAUGCAGUUCUCUCCCACCAACGGAGAUUUUACCUUCGUUUCAUCGACAGACGCUGAAGAACUCAGCGGUACCAUUGAUGCCCCCGACAUCACCCUGAAUAUGGGCCCUGAUUCGACCAAGGACCCCUAUGCCACCACUUUUCUUAGACAGAGGGGUUAUGGCUGGUUGCUGGAGGUGGAAGAUGAUGACUCUGAGGACACUAAACCGCUCCUGGAGGAGUUGGACAUUGAUCUAAAGGACAUAUACUACAAAAUCAGAUGUGUGCUGAUGCCCAUGCCCUCACUGGGAUUCAACAGACAGGUAGUGAGGGAUAACCCUGAUUUCUGGGGUCCCUUGGCCGUUGUACUGCUCUUCUCUAUGAUCUCCAUAUACGGACAGUUCAGGGUUGUUUCGUGGAUUAUUACUAUCUGGAUAUUUGGAUCUCUGACGAUUUUCCUUCUUGCAAGAGUGCUUGGUGGAGAGGUGUCUUAUGGGCAAGUCCUUGGAGUGAUUGGAUACUCUUUGCUCCCACUCAUUGUAAUAGCUCCUCUUCUCCUGGUCAUUGGUGGUUUUGAUGUUGUCUCGACGCUCAUUAAACUUUUUGGAGUGUUCUGGGCUGCUUACAGUGCGGCCUCUUUACUUGUGGGUGAUGAAUUCAAAACAAAGAAACCCCUCCUCAUAUAUCCCAUCUUCCUUUUGUACAUCUACUUCCUGUCGCUGUAUACUGGAGUCUGAUUUGACCUCAGGUUUUGAUUGGCUCAUGGGCUUGGACAUUGACUGUGAGGAGAUACACAGCAGGGAUUUCCCAUGAAGACCGAAGAGGAGUUAGCUUUUUCUUUUUACGUUCUUUUACCCUGUUUCAAGUCCUAUAUACUGUGGGGAAAGUGUACAGACAUUAGUGUAUUUAACUGCUUCCAUUAAUUUUGUACACAAUAAAAAGCUGCAACUUUUACUGUGGAAGCCCUGUUUUCACAGAUCCCUCUGCCACAGAAUUCUAGAGCCCAACGGGACAACAUGUCGCAAACAAGAGAUUUUUCCACAUUUUUAAUAGUGGAAUCAUGAUAGUCAUGUAACUCGGCACACAACUCAUGUGUUGAUAAACCUAAUGUUGCAAACAUUUAUGAUUGUACUAGCUGAAGGUAAAUAGGUUUUUUUUGUUAAAAGUGUUACCCAACGGCCCAACACAGAAUUCUUAAUUUUCUCAGUUUUAGGUUGUAAUGCUUUCCAAACAGAAAAGUAUAAAGGCAGUAUAGCUGGCCUUAAAAUGUCUUUAAAGAAUGGGUGCCUUGAUUUGUUUUAUAUGGCUGUGGUGUAUUUUAUUUAUGUAGCCAAAAGGAAGACAUUUUUAUUUGUAGAACAUGCAAUUUAAAACAACUUCCUACCUGGUGAUGUGUAAAAUGCAAAAAUAUGUUACUUGUAAUAUAAUUGAGUCUGGAACUUGUUAUAAGAUUCAAAAAUCUAAUUAAAAGCUAUUGACACUGUA